UAAGUAGUGUGUACCGGUGCCCGAGUUACAUCGCUAGAUGCACUUGUAAUUGUGAUAAUUGUAUUUACCUGAUUUAGGGACACCAACACCUGUAUUUACAGGUGGGAUUGUGUUUUUUCUACGGAGUUUUGAUUAAUAUCAACAUAUACACCCGUGUUUUACAUGAACUGUGUCUAUGUCGUAAUACGGAGCGGGAACUAUUGAACUUAAUAACGGAGCUGAUCUAGAUUUAGAAAUAGUAGAAUCGCAUGAUUUUGAGGUACACACAUGUGAUUUUUUAUUCAUCGCAUCUUUUGAACGACCAUAAUGGCGUAUUUCAAUAUAUUUAUGCUCGAGUAAGUCAAUUCUAAACGUUUCAUUUCAUUCCUUGCAAACCAAUUCCGGAAAUGAAGGAUUAGAGGACAUUUUGCUACCAGAACGGCCGGAUGAGAGACGAGACACGGUCUAAGAACUUGUGUAAAUCCAUGAAUAAUGGUCAAGCAUGUUUCCAUAUCACGUUGUGCCGUUGAUUGAUAUAUAAAAUGUAGUUGUUGCAUUAUAUGGCAUUGUAUGAUGCCAUUAACUUGACAGACUUAUGGCGACCAUGGGCAUGGUGAAGUAUAGAUAAUCUGGAAGCCAGGCGGUUUGAUAUAUAUCAUUUUCUAAGUGGCAUAUGGACACUAAUGCUCUGUCAGUAUAAUCAUAUUCGACUCGGACGGAUAAAGCACAUUCCAUCGAAUUUUUCAGGUACUAGCAUAGACAUUUUAAACAUCUAACUGACAUUAAUGGGAGUCUAUAUCAUAUCGUUUUCAGUAAAAUACGGAAAUCCGUCUGAUCACUAAGCCCUGCGAACACAUCCUGAUCCGAGCCACCUGGUUUUGCAGUAAUAUCGAGACGUCUAGGCUUCUGUUGUUAUCUAACGAGCGAACUUACUGCUGUUAUAAGUUCGACAAGUAUGACCGUUUACAUUGAUAUAUCGGCUAUCUUGUUUUUUCAGACCGAUGCUAUGAUCAGUGAAAAGUGAUUACGAGAUCCAGACGCUAGCAUCACCGGAAAUCAUUACAGCAACGGGAGUUUCAUUAAUGGAGAACUCAUUUAAAUUGCAGUUAUUAUCUGUGUGUAGUGUUUUAAGGAUCAGUGAGUGUGAUGAUUUGUGGAAUUAAGGAUUGGACCAAACGAUGGAAGCUAAGACUUACACGAGGAAUGGGUAAGUAGUGGAAACAAUGAACUCUUCAAUUGUAUACGUUCAUUGGAUUGAUCUGGCCACUAUAGAUAUGUAUGCUACAUUAUGUGAAACUUUAAAAUGAAAUAAUCAUGUUUUUCCACCGUUGUAUGGAUAUGCUAAAAGGAAUACCGGACGAACACUUCGCACGCGUUUAGAUAUUUUUCUACAACGUUCCAAAACAUCAUGUAGUUAAAACAAACACUGUUUCAAAGCAGUAUGUAUUACGGGGCUUCCCACUUAAAUGUAAUUUUUGAUUAAGCGUUUGAUUUUUUUUCGAGAAGCCAUUUAUUUCACGAAUUUUACAUGACGUCAACAAUUACGUGAAAUACUGGACCAUGCUUAAAACAGUGACCCGUUAGGGAGUGAGAACUGUCUGUAAACGAUGAACACCAGUGUUGACAAUGGAACAGAUAAUCAGCAUGUUUCUUCGCCUCCCAUAUCAGAUUAUCUUCAGACAUUCUUCAUUUUACUUUACGGCGUCAUUGUGAUUAUCGCUAUUGGCGGGAACACGAUCGUCUGCUACUUAAUCUACGCUUAUAAACGAAUGCAUACAAUUCCAAACUAUUUCAUUGUUAAUUUAGCCCUAAGUGACAUUAUAAUGGCGAUCUUCUGCAUUCCUUUUACAUUUGUGGCCAAUCUUAUGCUAAACAACUGGCCGUUCGGGGAGGUCAUGUGUCCGAUAGUGACCUAUCUUCAGGUAGUGGCUGUAUUUCUCAGUGCCUUCACAUUGGUGGCCAUGAGUCUUGACCGAUAUAUCGUGAUAGUGCAUCCAUUCAAAAAGAGGAUAACGGCACGGAAAACUGGAUUUGUUUUACUGGGGAUAUGGACGUUGUCCCUGACGAUUCCCCUACCGACUCUACUCCAGUCCAGGGUAGUAUACUAUUCCAACACUAGUGGUGUGUGUCUCGAGCCCUGGGAGGAUUUCACGGCCAAGUACGCGUACAGUCUCAUCAUCAUGAUCCUUCAUUACUUCGGACCUUUGGUGGUUCUUGUGUUUUGUUAUAGUAAAAUUGGAUACAAUAUAUGGAUGAAGAAUAUACAAGGAGAUGAACGGAAUAAAAGAAGAUUACAAUUAGCUUCGGCUAAACAAAGGCUUAUCAAGAUGAUGGCGACGGUUGUGAUAUUCUACGCGUUAUGUUGGCUACCUCUCCACGUGGUAACUUUGGUUGGUGAACAAGACCCUACAAUCUACAAUAGACCGCACAUGCCUGUAGUGUGGGUGUUCUGUCACUGGCUAGCCAUGAGCAACAGCUGUUACAACCCAAUUAUUUAUAUCUAUAUGAGUCCAAAGUUCAGAACAGGACUGAAACUAGCUGUACAGAAAUGUGCCAGGAUACGAAAACAGUCGAUGAACUGUGAUUCUGAUGAUGAGGACACACAGGUCAAAGGUCAUCAUAAACAGAUGAUUCUUAAGAUGGAAUUGAAACCAACGAAAUCCGGUACUCAUAAAGGACGUAAUGGGAAUUGUCAGUUGAUGUUUGAAAAAAUAUUAUCUGAGGAAUACAUGAUGCCUGUUAGUAUCCAUAGUGACACGUGACACAUGUGGAUCCACACGUAACGCGUGCGGAUUGACGGGUGACAUGUGCGGUAUAAACAUAUAAACUGAUGAUGUGAGUAUCUUUAUGAAUAUAUUUGUGAUUAUUAUCGAUAAAAGUUAUACAAGAUACUAAUAGGAUCCUUUUCGAGACAGAUUUUGUAAGAAUAUGAAUAUUUUAGGUCAAUACAGCAGUAAUUGUUUAAGUAAAGUUAUUUGACUUCGUGAUAUUUUUAUUAUUCAAAGUGGAAGGGUACUGCAUCAUCAGUCAUAAUCACAAUAUCCCAAUCCUGAGGUGCUUUUUAUUUGAGUAACUUCCCAUUUGAUAUAAAAUAUCGAUCAGAGUUGUUUUCACUAGUUGAUGUAUGGAUUUCUAAUUAAUUGUUUGGAUAGCAACAUUGAUAAGGUGGAUGGUUGCCAGGGUCCAGGUUUUUAGGAAGACUCAUUUUGUUGAUAUUCGAUUGCUGUUUAUUUUUAUUUGUUGCUUUUUAAUUAAAAAAGUAUGAUUUGAUUUCAAAAUUGAAACAAUAGCAAAAAUAUAUAUACAACUUUAUCGCACCCUUUAUUUUGAAUGGAACGAAAUAGAAAUGAUCAGUUUAUUAUACAUUAUGAAGACGCCAAUGUUAAUCCCUAUCAUACGAAAUACAGAAUUGCAGUAUUAUAUUUUGAUGGGAACAUAAAUGCAUAUCUUAUUCAUAUAUUAUCUCAAAUUAUAUUUUAGUAGAAAAGGUCAUUACACAUACCAGAAGUAAUGUAAAAUGAGAAUAAUGUAACGGUGUUGAUCAAGUAGGUAUUAGAACUACUUACAAUAUGGUAACAUCAGACUUGGUGACCAUCAAAUCUAAGACAGGCCUAAUGGUUUUGUAUUAAGAUAAUGACAAUUAAGAUAAUUGUAUUACUAUACAUUCACAAAGAAAUCACGUCUUCAAUACCUGUUUUAAGGUAACGUCCGCAUUGCAUGUAUAAGAUGGCCAACAUGGUAAGAAAAUAAUGAUCAUUCUCCUCUUUUGGUGAUAAAGUUGGAUCUCAACGUUUGGACAGAUUCUUAAGAGUCUUCCCAAUAUUCAGCUUUCACUACAUAUCAACACUUACCGAUCAUAUCGAUGUACAUUGGAACACGUUUUACAAGACUUUUUAACGAAUCGCAUUUAGUAUUUAUUCACAAACUUUAUUACAGAGUUUAUAUUUAUAAAAAAGAAUCUUGAAAACGACACAAAUAUGAUCUCGCUCUUAGCGAGAUUUUAAAAUAGUGUUGUAAAUAGCUGUAUGAAAUUGCGCUUUGCAAUUAGUUUCAUAAAUCAAAAUAUCGGAAAAAGCGUGCCCCAAGAAUAAUUGACCCGAUAGCAAUGAGUAUGAAGCAUUCGUCCAUCGCGCUGAUAGGAAACGUAUUAAAACUGUAUCCCUUUAUCAAUUGGUUAACGAGUCUGAAAGAUCAAUUAAGUGCAGUUGCAGAACAUUAGGGGAAAUGACUGUGUGGGCAAGAGUAAAUGGUUUAUAUCGAUAACGGAGCUGUUUGUUUGACAUUAUUGACGUAGAUACCAUCCAUCACAACGAAUAGAGUUGGUGAAAGUAUAUAAAGAUAUAUGAUUAAAUCAUAAUAUAACAUUU